AUGUCUGGAUCCCCCGUCCAGCUCUACGUCUACGACCUCUCCCGGGGCAUGGCCAGGUCCAUGUCCCUCGCGCUCACUGGCAAGCAGCUCGACGGCAUCUGGCACACAUCAGUCGUCGUGUUCGGUCGUGAGAUAUUCUACGGGCGAGGCAUUAUGGAGGCUGCACCCGGCACCACUCACCACGGGACGCCAGUCCAGGUCAUCGAGUGCGGCGACACGCACAUUGACGACGACACGUUCCAGGAGUACCUCCUGUCGCUGAGCGACUUGUAUACGCCCAGCGCCUACCACCUCAUCGAGUUCAACUGUAACAACUUCACCGCCGACGUAAUCGGUUUCCUUACAGGAACCACCACCCCGGCGUGGAUCACUGGUUUACCAGCCGAGUUCCUGUCCACACCGCUGGGACAGGCUCUCAAGCCGAGCAUCGACCAGAUGUUCCAGGGAUCCAACCCGAACGAGCACUCGGCGUUCAGCCGCGACGGCCUGUCCCAUUCUUCCCCACUACCACCUCAGCCCAGCAACCCCAACCCCAACCCCAACCCCAACCCACAGGACCUCGCGUCCAUGCUCCUCGGCGCCGUCGCACAGCAGGCUGCCGGGUCCAUGGGCCCGAACGGCGCCAACCCGCCCCGGCCACAGGCGUCCAACCCAGAAACGUCUCCGCUCACGCUCGUGACGUCCAUCGCGAACUGGACAUCGAUUCUGAAGAACCACCACGCUGUCGUCGCCAACUUCACCAAUACCGAGGGCUGCCCGCCGUGCCGCAUGAUCAAGCCCGCUUACGAGGCGAUGGCUGAGACGUACGCUGCAUCUCAUGGGGCGAUGGGCGUGCGGUUCGUCGAGAUCGAGAUGGGUGUCGGUGAGGGCCAGAACAUUGCGUCGCAGUACAGUGUGCGCGCGACACCAACGUUUAUCUUCUUCAAAGAUGGGGUCAAGGUCGACGAGAUGGCCGGAGCCGACAAGCGUGGCCUGGAGACGCGCAUCGAGUCAUUCCUUGAGGACGUGUUUCCUCGUCACCCUCACGAGAAGAUCUACCUGGCAGCAACGUCGAAACUGUCCACCCAGCCCAUCACGCAGACCGUCGCUCCUGGCUACCCUGCACUGUUGAAGAAGCUCGAGAGCUUCCCCAACGCGACCAAGGCUCAUGUUGACGUGCUCCGCGCGGACGUUGUUCCGUUCUUGGAGGGCAAGGCGGUAUCUGACGCUGCUCUUCCAGGGUUAGUGGACAAGUGGACGGCAGCGACCACCGCACUCCUCGGCAGCCUGAAGCCGGCCGAAACCUUCCCCCUCAUCGAUCUCUGGCGCGUCGGGCUGACGAACACUCGCCUCGUCUCCGCUCUCGUCGUCCGCCUCGGCCCCAAUUGUACCAGCGCCGAACCUCUCGUCCCGAUCCUCUCCCUUACGUCCUCUCAACUCGCUUCACAGGGUGCCGCGACCCCCCGGCCCCUUCUCCUGACCACAUUGCGGCUGAGCACUAACGCCCUCGCACCGCUCCCCCUCGCCAACCUCGUCCUCACCGGCACCCUGCAGGAGCCUCUGGUCAGCGUGCUCGUCGAGUCCCUCCUCCACGCAGAGGUGAGCGUGCGCAAGGCCGCAGCCGACGUCGCCGUCAACGCAGCAGCGUGGCGCCACCGCGUGGCGAAGGAGUCGGGACAGGCGGCGCAGGAGGGCCCAGAGCCCGAAUGGGCGGUCGAGCUCCUCUCCGCUCUGCUUGAGAGCAUUGGUCGCGAGGCAGACCCGGAUGUCGGCCAUCGCCUCCUUGUCGCCUCGGCGCUCCUCAUCUACCUCUCGCCAGCGUACGAAGACACUGUCGCGCCCUUGCUCGAGGUGCUCGGCGCCCGCACAACGCUUCUGAACGCAGGCAAGCGGUGGGCUAAGGCGGACGUGCGCAGGCUCGCGGAUGAGGUGGCGACCAAGCUCUGCCCAUAG